ACUUGGCUUUAGCACGUUGUUUUGAAAAAUCCACCUGAUCUGCCAAUGUUUUGAUAACUCUACUUUGCAGAAAUGGCAAAUACAUAUUUCGAUGAAUAUGAGAACCUUGAGAUCCACGAGCUCAUGCUUAAGGACCGGCCUCGACAAGCCGCCUACUACAAUGCGAUUUUGGGAAAUAAGGAUUUGUUUAAGGACAAGAUCGUAAUGGAUGUGGGAGCCGGCACUGGAAUUCUUUCCGCCUUUUGUGCGAAGGCGGGCGCACGUUUGGUCUAUGCCAUUGAGGCAUCCAAUGUGGCCACCAAAGUUGCCCUGGAUCUGAUCGAAGAUAAUGUUCUGACGAACGUUGUAAAAGUGAUUCAAUCGCGGGUCGAAGAAUUCGUCCUGCCCGCCGAUGCAGAAAAGGUGGACAUCAUUGUUUCCGAGUGGAUGGGCUUCUACCUGCUGCAUGAGGGCAUGCUGGACUCGGUUCUCCUGGCCCGGGACAAGUUCCUCAAGGAGAACGGGCUCCUGUUUCCCAGCGAGUGCACCAUUUUCGUGGCGCCCUGUUCAGUGCCAUCGCUCUUCGACGAUUGGAACGAUGUGGAUGGCAUUAAAAUGGACACUUUCGCCAGCAAAUUGCGCGUCCAGAAGUCAGCCAGACCGGAGAUUACGCAUUUGAAUCCGGAAGACCUUCUGCACGAGGGCGUCGUCUUUCACUGGAUGAAUCUGCUGGAUGUGCAGCCUGAGGAAUUGGACAGCAUUCAGUUCAAGGAGGUGGUGACAGCCCAGAAGGCUGGUAAGCACCAGGGCUUCUGCAUUUGGUUUGAUGUGCGAUUUCCCGGAGAAGACUCAGUUCUAAGCACAUCGCCGCACUCCCCGCCAACACAUUGGAAGCAGUGUGUAGUCGUCCUGCCCGAGGAAUCCUGCGAGAAUCUGGAGGAGAAAUCACCAAUUGCAUUUCAAAUUACCAUGAAGCGCAGUGCGUCCGACAUGCGGAAAUACAAUUUGGAGGUGGAUCUGUUGGACCCCAACACCGAGGAGCACCCAGUGCCAUGCUCCUGCCACAUGACCAAAUGCAUUUUGACGGAAGCUCACUUAAAGAUGAUGGACACUUCUUGAUUUCGUUAUUUCUGGGAU